AUGGGUGCGGGCCAGUCCAAAGAGGUCGCUGCGGCAGCGGUUGAACAGGAGAAACGGGAGAUUGAGGAGCGGAUGUUGGGGGUGAGGGUGGCCGUGAAGGGCUGGGUGGAACCGCUCGAUGAGGGCUAUGUGUGUGUCGCAGAGGAGCUACCUCCGGCAUACUCUCCACCGAGACGGAAUAUUUCUCUAUCGAUAUCAGACGCGAAGCAGUGGGAGAAAAAGUUACUUGCGGAUUCUAAGAACCGUCUCGCUUUAUCCGCGCUGUCCGCCAAUUCCCCAACGACCGUCAUAGCAAACCACGCUGCUGAAAUAGCAGAUACCCAGGUCUUCAAUAUCAAGAUACCGCUCGAGGGUGCACCAAUCACAAACCAGCGAUCAUCGGGCCGCUGUUGGCUGUUCGCGAUGACAAACGUGUUCCGCGUAGCUCUUAUGAAAUUGUAUAAUGUGAAGAACUUCGAGCUGAGUCAAGCGUAUCCGUUCUUCUGGGAUAAAAUAGAGAAGGCAAAUUGGUUCUUGGAACAGGUUAUUGACACGGCUGAGAAGGAGUUAGAUAGUAGGCUAGUUCAGAGCCUGAUGUCGGGCCCGGUGUCAGAUGGUGGUCAAUGGGAUAUGGCUGCGAAUUUGGUAAGGAAGUAUGGACUGGUCCCACACGGAUUGUAUCCGGACACAUAUAAUGCAAAAAACACCUCGUUCAUGGACAAGUUAGUUACCACCAAGCUGCGCGAGGACGCUAUAAUCUUGCGUCAGAUGGCAACGAGCGAUGACCCAGCUGUCCGGGCAUCCAUCAGUGACGCGAAGAACAAGUUUCUACAGGAGAUUCACUCUAUCCUGACGAUUCUGCUUGGCCCUCCGCCAUCCCCCAGAGAGAAAUUCAAUUGGGAGUACUACGAUUCAGAGGGAAAAUUCCAUAAACUGUCAAUGACUCCAUUAGAAUUUGCGAAUAGCCUUUCGAGCCGUGAGGGUGUGAGGGCAUGUCAGGGAACGGACGUGAAUGAGCUUUUCAGUCUGGUGAAUGACCCAAGAAACGACUACAAACAGCUUCUUACUGUGGACCGAUUGGGGAAUGUCGUUGGCGGCCAGCCGAUUACUUAUGUUAAUGUUGAUAUGGAUACAAUGAAACAAAGCGUAAUUGCCAUGCUGAAAGCCGGAAUCCCUGUAUUCUUCGGCAGUGACGUUGGGAAAUACUCCAACUCAACUUCUGGGAUUAUGGACACCUCCUUAUACGACUACGCUCUCGGCUUCAACGUCAACCUGGGCAUGAGUAAAGCCGAUCGACUGCAAAUGGGAGAAUCAUCUAUGACUCACGCCAUGGUCCUGACUGCUGUUCACAUUGGGGACGACGGGAAACCCGUGCGCUGGCGUGUAGAGAAUUCAUGGGGUGAGACUAGUGGCGACAAGGGCUGGUUCGUCAUGACCGAUAAGUGGAUGGAUGAGUUUGUGUAUCAAGCUGUAGUUGAUCCGCGGUUAGUUAGUCGGGAUAUCAGGGAGGUUUUGAAGCAGAAGCCGAAGAAGCUGCCGCUGUGGGAUCCUAUGGGGGCGUUAGCUUGA